AGGGGAAGAGAAAACAUAAAAGCUUAUUAGGCAACAGUUAAAUAAGGCAGAACACACCACUGAGUGUAAAAGUUUACUUAUUUAGCGGAUUUUCCCUUCCGCGUCUGGGCAAACGCGAAACCGUCGCACGUGGAAGCUGCGUCGAUUCAGCGUCUGUUCCGAGCAGCCAAAAGCACUGUCAAACGCCGACGGACUACUUGGCGCGGUAACACAUGUGCAGCAUGCACGCGCCCGUAGCUUUCCCUUCAUUGCCUCAGAAAGUUGUCCGCGAGUAUAGGGACUUAACCUUGGAUAUUUAUUCUGCUGCCGCUAAAAUCGCAAGUCUUUCUUUCAUUUUUUUCUUCUUCUUUUCUGCCCACCUUCUCCUAGAGCCUUGCUUCUUCUUCGUCCCAAUCCCUGCAGAAUAGCAUCAUGGACGACGCGGCUUCACCGAGCCCCGUCCCGGGCAAGCUCUCGAUGGUCAGCGAGUACGCCACGCUGACCCCGGUGGUACCGAUGUCCUACACCGGUGGGCACCACGUACAUCAACACCUGGAGCAGCCGACGCUGUACCCGCACCACCAGCAACCGGCGACUGUGGCCGUGUUCCCGACCUUCUUCUGCGGCGGCACGGUCCCGGACAUGACGGCGACGUCGACGACGUCGAUCGAGCUACAAGACUUGCCACCCGCCGUGGGCGGCGUUCCGUCUCCCGACUUCUCGGUCAACUCGGACUCGGACGACUCUUCGUCGGAGAAGGGAGGCGCGGCCGAUCCGUUCGCCCCCGAGUGCAAGAUCCCGCUACCGGUUCCGUACUCCCCGUACGACUACUGGCUCGAGCCCACCUUCAUCCGACGCCGGAAUGAGCGGGAGCGACAGAGGGUUCGACACGUGAACGAUGGCUUUGAGCGACUGCGUAGUCGACUGCCUCUUCCCCCACGAGACAAAGACCGUCGGCUGAGCAAGGUGGAGACUCUGCGCUAUGCCAUCAGCUACAUCAGGCACUUGCAAAGGCUGCUGGGACUGAUUGACGAUGACGACGAUGAAGAUGGGGAGAACAGCCGGUGCCGCCGAUAGCAAAUCGAGAGCCUACGAAAAAGAAGCAUGUUCUGGGUGUUGGACGGUUGAGCAUAACUGUUUAGAGAGACAUGGUGUGUGUGUGUGCCCAAGCGAACUUCUCAAGUCACGUGUUUCCUACCUCAUAAUCAGCAAUAUGCGUCCUCUUAAUGCACAAAAAUAAAAAAAAGAACUUGUCAGUUGUUCAACAGUUAUUGCUAAUAAAUACGGCACAAUUUGGUGUG